CCGGGGCUGAGCCGGAGGACGGAGGACGGAGACGGAGGGAGCCUCGCCGGGUGGCCGGCUGGAAAGAUUUCAGGGAUGCCUUUCCUGGUUUGGUUCCACCUGCUGCUAGCAUUCCCAUGCUUUGAUACUUCAAGGACUUGUUUUCCAAGAUGCCACUGUGAGGUGGAGAGUUUUGGUCUCUUUGACAGCUUCAGCCUAACCAAAGUUGACUGUAGUGGGAUCGGACCCCAUAUAGUGCCCGUUCCCAUUCCAUUAGACACGACCUACUUGGAUCUAUCCUCCAACCAUCUGGGAUCCAUCAACCAGUCCAUGCUAACUGGGCCUGGUUACACCACUCUUGUAGGCCUUGACCUGAGCUACAAUGAAAUCUCCAAGAUGAUUCCCACAACCUUCUCAAGACUCAGGUACCUUGAGUCUUUGGACCUGAGUCAUAAUUCCCUGGUAGCCAUCCCGGAUGACUGCUUCUCUCAGUUGGCUCUGGGAGAUGUCGAUCUCAGCAACAACUUCCUUCUGGAAAUAACUUUGAAUGUGUUCGCAUCCAAAGGUCAAGGAAAACCAAUCAACGUUGACCUUUCAAACAACUUAAUAAGCCAGGUGUCGAGAUACCAGGAUAAAACCAUUCCUAAUAUUCAAAGCUUAAAUCUCUCUGGGAACAGAUUAAAGAGUAUCCCAGACCUUCAAGGAAUUCCCCUUCGGUACUUAAACCUGGAUGGAAACCCAGUGUCCUCGAUUGAGCAGGGAGCAUUCUUGGGACUGAAAGGCUUAACGCACCUGUCGCUCAGCGGGAUUCACCAUCUCUUGGACAUUUUGCCUUUUGGCUUCAAAGACCUAUCUGCUCUCCAAGUGCUUGACAUAUCCAAUAACCCCAACAUUAAAUCCCUGCACCCCAAGGUUUUUUACAGCCUGAAUUCUUUGCAAGAGCUCAACCUGUCGGGCACAGGGGUGGCGACCACUUUUUCCAGACCGAUGUUGAAAUACUUGCCUUCCAUCAAAAGUGUGGCCUUGGGCAAGAACAUCAAGUGUCUCAAGACAAUUCGGGAAGGGCAGUACCACAGAGCAGCUGGGCUGAGCCAGAAAGAGACCCUGAGUUGCCACAGUGGCCAUGGAUCCGUAGUGCCGUACGUUUUGUGACACGGGACAAAGGGGAACCCACGGAUGCUGAGACUUUUUUUUUUUUAAGCCACAAAUGUGCCUUCUGUAAAAGCGGUUAAUUUAUAUCUUUUUGUAUAUUUCAAUUCUGGGUUACAAUGAUUGAUUGGAGAGAGUAGUUGUGAGCGUGGUUCAUUCAGUUUCUCAACCCUCAAGCUUUCCCCUUUAGACCAGAGAU